AGGAGGAGGAGGGGGGCCCGGAGUGAGAGGCACCCCCUUCACGCGCGCGCGCACACGGUGCCGGCGCAUGCACACACGGGAGGACACACACGCGCGCACACACACACGCACAGAGCUCGCUUGCCUCGAGCGCACGAACGUGGACGUUCUCUUUGUGUGGAGCCCUCAAGGGGGGUUGGGGCCCCGGUUCGGUCCGGGGGAGAUGGCGCAGCCCAUCCUGGGCCAUGGGAGCCUGCAGCCCGCCUCGGCCGCUGGCCUGGCGUCCCUGGAGCUCGACUCGUCUCUGGACCAGUACGUGCAGAUUCGCAUCUUCAAAAUAAUCGUGAUUGGGGACUCCAACGUGGGCAAGACCUGCCUGACCUUCCGCUUCUGCGGGGGUACCUUCCCAGACAAGACUGAAGCCACCAUCGGCGUGGACUUCAGGGAGAAGACCGUGGAAAUCGAGGGCGAGAAGAUCAAGGUUCAGGUGUGGGACACAGCAGGUCAGGAACGUUUCCGCAAAAGCAUGGUUGAGCAUUACUACCGCAAUGUACAUGCCGUGGUCUUUGUCUAUGACGUCACCAAGAUGACAUCUUUCACCAACCUCAAAAUGUGGAUCCAAGAAUGCAAUGGGCAUGCUGUGCCCCCACUAGUCCCCAAAGUGCUUGUGGGCAACAAGUGUGACUUGAGGGAACAGAUCCAGGUGCCCUCCAACUUAGCCCUGAAAUUUGCGGAUGCCCACAACAUGCUCUUGUUUGAGACAUCGGCCAAGGACCCCAAAGAGAGCCAGAACGUGGAGUCGAUUUUCAUGUGCCUGGCUUGCCGAUUGAAGGCCCAGAAAUCCCUGCUGUAUCGUGAUGCUGAGAGGCAGCAGGGGAAGGUGCAGAAACUGGAGUUCCCACAGGAAGCUAACAGUAAAGCUUCCUGUCCUUGUUGAAACCAAAUGGUGUAAAUACAAGAUAAAUUAUCACUGGAGUUUUUUCUUUCCCUUUUUUCUGUGCCUGCAUAAUGCUGACACCUGCUUGUUUCCAUACAAAUUGAUAUCAAAAUAAAAUUUGUAUAGAUUA